GGAAAUCGCCAGUAGAGGUGGAGUGGGAGAGGCUGCAAGAGCGGAAGGCGAAACCAUGGGUACGGUUUGUGCAGCCCCCUCCCAUGGCGGUACUCAUGCUCCGACAGUUAGCUGAAGCAUUCUUCGGGGCAGUCAGGAACCCUGAGGGCACCUGGGCGAUAGAUGGGGAUGGAAGGGAGACAAUUACAUUUGACCUCUACCCCGCACUGCGUUCGCAGGGGUUGGAGCGGUUGGCGGUGGCGCAAGCGUACUAUGGCCGACCAGAGGUUAGGGGCGUCACAAGUGAGACCCCAUGGUGCGACAACUGCCGAAGGCACCGGCAUCUCGCACGUAGGGGUUGUUGCUUAACUAUGGCAGAGACCAAGGAGGAACUCGUCCGGAGGGAGCAGCUGCUGCGCGCCGACCCAGGCCUUGCUAGUGACGACACUACGGAAACUGCUUGUUGGGAGGACUUCGAAAAGGAAUUCAACAACGUGAUCUAUACUGAGAUCGCCACCGAAUCCAGCCUGGGUGACGUGAUGGAGGUGGGCGACCGCCGACUCCUUCAACCGUCUCUCCCACGGCACUCUCAAAACAUUGAUGGAAUUAGGGGAGCCCGAACACGCCAGGCAGCCACUCCGGAUCAGGGAUCUAAUAAAGCGUCUGCGAAAAAAUCACAAGCACGGGAGGACGUGCACCGACGAGGAGGGCAGGAGCGGCAGAAACCCCCGCAGUCAGCCUCAGACCGACAUCACGAUGGUCGUCAGAAGUCCGGCAUGCAGCCACUAAGCGGGGAUCAAACUCAACGGGCUGAACGCAUGCAGCAAGAGCGCCAGCAACUGCGCCAGCAACAGCAGCAACCACCACACCAAGCACCGCCACCACCACACCAACCAGCACCGGAUGCUGCGCAGCCUCAGCCGCAGGGGGGCGGUGGCCGUCAGAAGUCCGACAUGCAGCCACUAGGCGGGGAUCACACUCAACGGGCUGAACGCAUGCAGCAAGAGCGCCAACAACAGCAGCAACCACCACACCAAGCACCGCCACCACCACACCAACCAGCACCGGACGCUGCGCAGCCUCAGCCGCAGGGGGGCGGUCAGCAGCGUCAGGCGCCGGCGGGACCCCGGCCCCUGAACCAUCAAGCCUGUAUAACACCCCGAGAUGUUAUCGUCUUGUCUGGGGAUACUCUCUCUGAAAAGGCGGUGGUAGGAGAAGAUGGGGACCAGCGAGAAGACGACAGCCAUCCGGUGGCAAUGGAGUGCUGUGAAGACUUCGAUGAGCAGACCAAGGGUCAACGCCUCCGGCGACAGAAGCGGGACACAUCGCCAAAGACCAGAGACCACGUGGACAAGGAUGGACGCGGGGAGAAUCCGCAACCCUACGAGCCGCUCCGUCUGCACUGGAAGGAGGGCGAUGGAGACCGGGAAGUGGCACCUGGAGCAUUAGCUGAAAAUAGUGAGGGUGACGGGGACAAGGGCUCGAAGGGCUUGAAGCAGACUGACCAGCGGGAGGAGGAAGGCGCUAUGGGGGGUGGAGUGGUGGGGGAGGAAAAGAAGGACACAAACGGAGAUCGGAAUGAGAAGCUCGAGGUAGGGGAGGAGGGAAAGAAGGCUACAAUCCUUGGGAUGGAAGAAGGGCAAGCUAGAGGGGUGGAGCGGACCGAGCAGGAGCCGCCUCGGCGUGACCAGAAAACGCAGCACCAACGAAGGCAGCAGCGGCGUGGCGACGCGAGAGGAUUGGGACGCGGCAAGCAGGCGGCGGCCUCCAAGCCGAAAGGAAGGCCAAAGAGUACUCGGGGACGCCUAGCCGCCGGUGACUCCGGCCCGCUUCUGCGGCCCCAUAGCCAGAAGGCCAAGCGGAAGCCCAAGGCCAGGGUGCUUUGUUAUGGCUCGGCCUCGAGGGGCAGGUAUAGCAGGCAGAAGGACAAAACGGGACGUUGUCAGCAGAAGACCACCCCUCAAGCGGUUGCCACGUCUGACCCUACACCGGAAGCCGAAUUUGAACUCCUCAAAGGCAUCAACGACCUCAAGAUCGUGCCCCCCCAGCAACAGGAAGGAAGCCGUGACCAAGAGGAACGGCCAUCGCAGAGUAGUCGGGGCACGAACGCUAAGCGUGGACGCCAGCGCAGGCAGGGUAGGGGUCGGACGAGCAGGGAGGCAUCGCCUGUUGACCUACCGGACGAAUCCGAGCAGGAUAAAAGGAGGAAGACCUCUGAACCAACGCUCAGGACCAAACCCCCUCCAGCGACAGUCCCUGCAUGGAUGUUCUCGGACCCGGCAUAUAAGGCCUUCAUCUUACAGCAUUGGGAAUAUUGGACGGAGCUGCGAUCUCCCUCCCAGCCGACCUUGACAUGGUUAAUGGAAGGCACUGCGGCCCUGGUCCGGCUGCUCAAAGCACGCGCUGCGGCAUCUAGACGGGCUCGAAGACGCACCGCUGAGGAAUUUUCCCAGCGGGCCCUCGACCUAGGAGAUGGACCGGGCCCCCAGGAUGAUGAGAAUGAUUGGUGGGCGCAGUGGGCAGCUCUCAAAGCUCAGUGGGAAGAAUGGCAGCUCACAGACGCCGAUUUGUGGGCCCGCAAGAACAUAGCGAACUGGACUGCGGCGGCAGAACGCAUGUCCAAAAUCUUCUUUGCCCAACUGCGCGCGGAUAGACCCCCCUCACUGAUGUUAGCCAUUAACCAUCCAUUUGACGACUCUCAGCAAACAGCGGAGUCUACACAGACAAUCCUGCACUAUGUGGAGGAGUAUUAUCGGUAUCUUUUCUCUGAGGAAAAACCCGCUGGUGCGCAGGACCCUCUGGAGACUCUUGAACACCUCAUCUGGAGUAAAAUCGCUAGGACGGUAUCCCCAGAAGAGCGCCAGCGAUUGGAUGAACCGAUCACGGACCGUGAAUUGGCUGCUGCCCUCGUUGACAUGCCUCCUGCAAAAGCGCCGGGCCCCGAUGGAAUGUCGGCGGAGCAUCUCAAACUCUGCUUUGAGCUCCUGGGCCCGUACCUGCUGUGGGGCUUCAAUGCGGUAUGGCUUGGCCAAGAGGCCCUCCCGCCCGACUUCGCACUGGCCACGGUGAUCUUGAUCCAUAAGAAGGGCCCCCUAAAGGAAAUUUGAAACUGGAGCCCUAUCUCGCUACUUUCGGCAGCCAACCAUAAAGUUGCCAUCACUCGUGCGAGAAGUCACUAUCAAGGGGGAGUUAAAGGGACUGCCACCUCGUGCAUGGGGGAGCCUUUGGCGCGAUUCGCCUGGAUAAGUUAUGGCCAAUCACUUGGCCACACUGCUUCUGGAAAUAGUAGACGAGACGCAAACAGGGUUUGGCCGCAGAAUCAUCACCAGUGUCCUCCUAGCGCGGCAGGUACUGUGGCACGCUCAGCGUUCGCAACCUCCCUUGGCUUUUGUGAUGCUGGACUUCG